UCGUCAACAUAACAGACAAAAACUAGCCCACAAAAGAGUAAAGAAGACCCUUCUCCUCUUCUUCUUUUGUUUCCCUCUGGCAAUUACUAGUGUGGCAAUUGGUUGGUGAGAGCGAAUAAAUGCAUUACUGUAUACACAGCUUAAUGCUGGUCACUGAACAAGACAGAUUAGAGGUUUCUUUCUUUCUUUAAUUCAUUAUUACAUUAAUUUCAGUUUUUAUAUUUCAAAAAGAUUGUGUUCUUAAAUUAUGAGGGAAAGAAAGAAAUGGACAUGCACGUGGUUUCAUCUUCUGCUGGUGGCAAUAACCAUACAUAUAUAGUGUGAGAGAGAGAGGGAGAGAGGCUUUUUAAAGCAGUUUAUUAAAUUGGCUCACCUGCUUUGUUUCCUUUCCAGCCAAGGUACUAUUUUUCUGGUCACCACUUCACCAUUUUCAUUGCAAGAAGUGGGCAUCACAUCCUGUGCUCCUCAAUUUUUUUUCUUUACUCAAAACCCUGAAAUGAAAUACCCUUUUAGAUCUUUGUUUCUGUGCCCAUAUGUAUAAAGAAUUGGUUUUUACUUAUUUUGCCAUGUUUUUGCGCGCAAAUGUGUUUGCAAGUUAAGAGCCUUCUUCAAUUUCAGUGAAGGUUAAGGUUUGGAAAAUGCUGCUUUUUAAUGAUCAUGAUUAUGAUUUUGCGUUUCUUGGUGAAGCAGCAGCAAGGUGAAUUGGAUCCGGCAAUCAAUAAUGCCAAACGGAUAGAUCAAAUCCAAUAUUAUUAUCACCAUUUUUUUGUACAGUGAGCAUGAGAAGCCUUUAUCAAUUUUGUGUCUCUCCUGCUCUUUUGCUUUUAAUUUCUUGCUUUCUUGGAUUCAUCUCUACUGUUUCACCGGCUACUGAGAAGGAGAUCUUGCUGAAAUUCAGGGCAAGCAUCACUAGUGACCCCAAUAACAGCUUGGCUACUUGGGUUCCAAGUGGCAAUCCUUGUAACUUCAGUGGUGUGUCUUGCAAUUCACUUGGAUUUGUUGAGAGGAUUGUUUUGUGGAACAAACACCUAUCUGGGUCUUUACCACCAGCAUUAUCAGGUUUGAGAUCUUUAAGGAUUUUGACAUUGUUUGGGAAUAAAUUUACGGGUAAUAUUCCUCAAGAAUAUGCAGAGUUAAGCACAUUGUGGAAGAUAAAUUUGAGUUCUAAUGCGUUAUCUGGGUCAAUCCCAGAAUUUAUUGGUGAUUUGCCAAAUAUUAGGUUUCUUGACUUGUCAAGGAAUAGUUAUAAUGGAGAGAUUCCAUCUUCUUUAUUCAAGUUUUGUUACAAGACCAAGUUUGCUUCGCUUUCUCAUAACAGUCUUUCUGGUCAAAUUCCUGUUUCACUUGUUAAUUGCGCUAAACUUGAAGGAUUUGAUUUCUCUUUCAAUAAUCUCAGCGGUCAAUUGCCUUCUGAAAUAUGUAGCAUUCCUGUUUUGAAGUAUAUGUCUCUGAGGAGCAAUGUAUUAACUGGGAGUGUGCAGGAGGAGAUCCUAAGAUGCCAACGAUUGAAUUUUCUGGAUCUUGGCAGCAAUAUGUUCUCUGGGUUGGCUCCAUUUGGGGCUCUUGGAUUCAAAAACAUGAGUUAUUUCAAUGCAUCAUACAAUGGAUUCCAUGGGGAGAUUCCUGAGAUCGAAACCUGCAGUGAGGGACUAGAAUUCUUCGAUGUUUCGGGCAAUGAUUUCGAUGGAGAGAUCCCAUUGAGCAUUACAAACUGCAAAAAUCUUAAAGUUCUCAACUUGGGCUUUAAUAGGCUAAAUGGGAGUAUUCCACCUGGAAUUGCAGAUUUAAAAAGUCUUAGGGUGCUUAAUAUGGCCAAUAAUUCGAUUGAUGGAACAAUCCCAGCAGGUUUUGGAGGUAUUGAGCUGCUUUUGGUUUUGGAUUUGCACAAUCUCCACCUCAAUGGAGAAAUUCCUAGGGAUAUAAGCAAUUCAAUGACUCUUUGCGAGCUGGAUCUUUCUGGUAACGAUUUAAGUGGAGAAAUUCCCAGUACAUUCUAUAAUAUGACUUGGUUAGAAGUCCUUGACCUUCACCGAAACCAAUUCAAUGGUAGCAUACCAGAAACUGUAGGAAACCUAUCAAACCUCAAAGUUCUUGAUCUCUCACAAAAUAACCUUUCAGGGUCAAUCCCAUCUUCCCUUGGGAAUUUGCCAAACUUAACAUACUUUAAUCUGUCCUCUAACAGCCUUUCAGGUCCUAUUCCUUUCAUGCCAAAAUUUCUGGCUUUUGGUGCAUCUGCGUUCCUGAACAAUUCCAGGCUCUGUGGUCCUCCAUUGGAGAUCUCUUGCUCAGGCAAUAACACAGCACCAACAUCAAACAAAAGAAAAGUGCUAAGUACUUCUGUCAUUGUAGCAAUUGUUGCUGCUGCAUUGAUCCUUACUGGAGUUUGUGUGGUAUCAAUCAUGAACAUUAGAGCACGCAGUAGGAAAACAGAGGAUGAGACAGUGGUUGUUGAGAGCACACCUUUGGAUUCGACGGAUUCUAGUGUUAUAAUUGGGAAGUUGGUGCUGUUCAGCAAGACAUUGCCUUCAAAAUAUGAAGAUUGGGAAGCCGGUACCAAAGCUUUGCUUGACAAGGAAUGUUUGAUAGGUGGUGGAUCAGUAGGGACAGUCUAUAGAACUAAUUUUGAAGGUGGAAUUUCAAUUGCAGUAAAGAAACUGGAGACUCUGGGUAGAAUCAGAAGCCAGGAUGAAUUUGAGCAAGAAAUUGGGCGGUUAGGUAACCUUCGACAUCCCAAUUUGGUUGCUUUUCAAGGUUACUACUGGUCGUCAACAAUGCAGUUACUCUUAUCCGAAUUUGUUCCAAAUGGUAGUCUAUAUGAUAAUCUGCAUGGACUUGAUUAUCCAGGAACCAGUACUGGUGUUGGGAACAGUGAAUUGCACUGGUCUAGGAGGUUUCAGAUUGCUCUUGGAACAGCAAGAGCACUUUCUUACCUUCACCAUGAUUGUAGGCCUCCAAUUCUCCACCUCAACAUCAAGUCCACUAACAUACUCUUAGAUGAAAACUAUGAAGCCAAGUUGUCUGAUUAUGGGUUAGGGCGGCUGCUACCUAUAUUGGACAACUAUGGUUUAACCAAGUUCCAUAAUGCAGUGGGGUAUGUUGCUCCAGAGUUGGCUCAAAGUCUAAGAUUGAGUGAGAAAUGUGAUGUGUAUAGCUUUGGAGUGAUUCUUCUAGAGCUGGUUACUGGGAGGAAACCGGUUGAGAGUCCAUCAGCAAAUGAGGUAGUGAUUUUAUGUGAAUAUGUUCGUAGCUUAUUGGAGACAGGGUCUGCUUCAGAUUGCUUUGACCGAAGUUUGCGAGGUUUUUCAGAGAAUGAGUUGAUUCAGGUUAUGAAACUGGGGUUGAUUUGUACAUCUGAGGUUCCGUCAAGAAGACCGAGCAUGGCUGAAGUUGUUCAGGUCCUUGAGUCUAUAAGAUCUGGAGUGGAAUCCUCAUAGUCAUGUAAAGAGCUUUAGAGGGUUUUCUUGGACCACCUUAGAGUUGAACUAACUUUGUCCAUUUCAUUCUAAGAAUGUAGUCUAGCUGGAAGGUGGUGUGGGUUAGCUGUGCAGAGAAAAUGGAGUUCAUAUUUAGGGUGAAAAAGAAAAUAGAAAAUCAUUCUUUUCUAUUCAUUUUUGGGAUUACCAUUAUUUAAUUGUUCCUGACGUUUGUAUCUCGUUGCAAUAAAAUCAAUCAUUUUUGUUUCUCA